AAAUAAUUUUUUCAUGAGGUAAACGCUGUCAAUUUGGAAAAACGCAAGCGCAAACAGAGAUCGCAUUAGGUUAUCUUCUUCUUUUUCUUUUUUUUUUUUUUUGCAAUUUCCUUCAACUGAAAGGGGAAAAUAACCCUAAUUUUGUCUCUGGAUUGGUCUCCCAAGUGAGGAAAGGGAGAAAAAGAAAGAAACUUUGAAGAAAAAAAAUGGUGUUUUACUUCAAAGCCCGACCAGAGGUUGGCGAUUACACAAUUUUCAUGGGUCUCGACAAGUACGAGAACGAGGAACUCAUUAAAUACGGCUUUCCCGAAGACAUUUGGUUCCAUGUUGAUAAAAUGUCUUCUGCUCAUGUUUAUGUAAGACUUCAUAAAGGUCAAACCAUUGAUGAUAUAAGCGAAGGUUUGCUUGAAGAUUGUGCUCAGCUUGUUAAAGCUAAUUCCAUCCAAGGGAACAAAGUGAACAAUGUUGAUGUUGUUUACACUCCAUGGUCCAAUUUGAAGAAAACUCCUUCCAUGGACGUUGGCCAAGUUGGCUUUCACAAUUCCAAGAUGGUUCGGACAGUGAGAGUGGAGAAGCGUAUAAAUGAGAUAGUUAACAGGUUGAACAAGACUAAAGUGGAAAGGAAACCUGAUUUGAAAGCUGAGAGAGAAGCUGUUAAUGCCGCAGAAAGGGCAGAGAGAAAGCAACAGCUAAGGGAAAAAAAACGACAUGAGGAACUACAAAGGCUUGAAAAGGAAAGACAAGCAGAGAUAAGAAGCUACAAGGGUCUCAUGGUCUCUGAAAAGAUGACCUCAAACAAACAAAUUGCUACAACAAGCAAAUCUUUGCAGGAACUUGAAGAGGAUUUUAUGUGAACAUAUUGGUAUUUCAAUGCCAAUGAGCAGCCAAAAACAUACUGCCUGUAAAAGGAAAACGGCGGUUUGAUGUUACUUUUAUUAUUGUUAUUAUUACUAUUGCAAGCUUGAAGUUGUUUGCCUCAAUAAUAAGCUACCAAAAAAUAGGCUACAAGAAUUGGAACAAACUUACUAGGUUGAGGGUGAGGGGAAUGAACUUCUGUUGUAAUUGGCAAUAUAUUCUACUAAACGUGAUUGUUAACUCAAUUGCUGGUUUACUUCAAUUUAACACAUAAUUCUGAUUGCAAA